AUGGCCAGGAUGGCUGCUUUUAUGUUGGAGCAGGGGGAAGAUGCUUUUAGAAAGUUGUUUAAAUUCUAUAGAAGAAAAAACCCACCUCCUGAUUUCAGUGAUGUAAUAGAUUUUUCUAAACCUGGCAAUCAUUCUGGAAAAGUGUUCAACUGUGAUCUAAAUGCAGCAUUGCUAAGUGAUGGAGACGCCUACAGAGCUGGUCUUCAUCCUGUCUGCAAAUGGAAGGCAUUUGGUCUUGAUGGCUAUCCAGGUUUUAUUUUCAUCUCAAACCCAUUCCUUCCUGGUUCACAACGUCACUGGGUGAAACAGUGUCUCAAAGUAUAUCCUCAGAAACCCAACAUCUGCAAUUUAGACAUGCAUAUGUCGCCAACGGACACCGACAAUUUGUGGGAGAAAAGCAGAGAUCAAAUAAGGCAAAAGUGUGCUGCAAAAAGAGAACCUAAAAGUCUACUGGAGAAGCUUCGUUGGGUGACUAAUGGGUAUCAUUAUAACUGGGACACCAAGACGUACUCUGCGAAUCACUACACCCCAUUCCCCUCAGACCUGAAUGCACUGUCUGAAGGAGUUGCAGCAGCUUGUGGCUUCCAAAACUUCAAAGCAGAGGCUGGGAUCCUGAACUACUAUCACUUUGAUUCUUCUCUUGGAAUUCAUGUUGAUGAAUCAGAGCUGGACCACUCUCGGCCACUGUUAUCAUUCAGUUUUGGCCAAUCGGCUGUCUUCCUGCUGGGUGGCUUGAGGAGGGAAGAUCCAGCCACUCCCAUGUUCAUGCACAGUGGAGACAUCAUGGUUAUGUCUGGGUCGAGUCGGCUCCUGUAUCAUGCAGUUCCUAGAAUAGUCUCCAGUCCCGACAAGCAGGCCGUGCCUCAGUGCCUGCUUCAAGAGCUUGCAGAUGAUACUCCAGAGGACUCUGUUGUACAGAAUGUUUCUGAAGAGGACUGGGCAGUCUGUGCAAGGUAUAUUCAGACCUCUCGAAUCAAUAUGACUGUGAGACAGGUACUAGGUCUGGGAAAGGCUUUCCCAACGGAGCCUGAUAAUGAAAACACUGUUGACGUCCAGCCAGGCACUUAUCAUGAAGGAAGCUCGGACAGUGAAGAAAGUAAUGUUAAACGAAAAAAGCAUUAACUCUGAACAUUGUGGACACUUGGAUUAGGGUAAUAAUUUAUCCCAGAGGCCCUGCUUUGAAAUGUUUACUGUUACAUCACGUUGACUGAUGACACUAAAACUGUCACCUUGUUACGCAUAAGCACAAGAUUGUUUGUCUCAGAAUAUCAUUCUGACCUGAUGCCAAUGAUACCAUGCACUUUACAGUUCCUGCGUAAUACUGCAUACUCAGACUGUGGGGCCGUCAGUGCUAUCUGGACCAUAUAACAUACAUUGGAUUGAGCUCUGCUGCUUUUGAUUAAGAACUACAGUAGUGUGUGAUUUGAGUGGCCAGAUCUUAACUAUCUCAAAAGAUAUUCAGUGAUAGUAAUAGAAACCUGUUUGUAACAUUGUGCAAAUGUUUUGACGAGAAUCCAGCGUCUUGAAUACAUAUUAUAACAGGAAGAAUCAUAGACGUCAUAGACAACUUUAUUUUUAGUUUUACAGAAUAUUACAUUAUUUCAAACCUAUUCACAUUAUCAAACAUCUUGCUGUAAGCCCAUGGUUUUAAAGGCAACUUGCGAAGCUGGUCUGCAGCUAGAGCAUUCAUUUUGUGUUGGUCCUACUAGCACUACCGGACAGCAAGCUUCACCAUUCACAAGCAUAAAUGGUAAUUAUUAAAUUUACAUUUAGACUUAAUCCAGCUACAAGUUGUUUGUUCCACAUACAAAACAUGUAUCUGUCCACAGCAUUGAUAAAGUAUACUAAAAUUCAUUAUUUUUUCCACCUGUCAUAUUCACAUAGGUAAACUAAGCCAUGUAAAGUACCAGGAUUGUGCAAGGUCACAAAUACCAAGUUGAUACUGUUUUCAAAGUCGCGAUUGCCAUCUUUUGAAAGCUACAGUAAAAAUGCCAUUACAAAGGUGUCUGGGUAAGGAAAUUACUUGUAAAAUUAUUAUUUUCUACAAUUUUUCUUGAUGAGCCCAUAUAGAAUACACCGCUACAGGAAUAUCGAAUUUUAGCAAAUUAUUGAUUCAACACCUACCUAAUCACCUCAGGCGUGCAAGACAGUGUAGCAGCAAUUUGCAUAAUGAUCAAAUGGCUGUUAAGCUAAUUUCUGUUUGCUUCUGCAAGUGAUUUUUGUAAUACUUGGUAUGCAUUGGAAAUCCCCAGGGCUCUGUCUCUCGCAUUCAUUUACUCUGAAUUAAAGAUCAGAUUAUUUUUGCUACAAUGUCCUUUUGUAUUUAAUGUUGCUUCUUACCAAGGACGGUGUGUUUGGAGGUUCCUUUUUAUUAAAAAUUGAAGGGAGUCUGGUAGAUUUACAUUACUCAUCAUAAUUUAAAUACCUGUCCAGGCAGUCUGUUUGCAUCUUAAAUACUCAGUGUCCAUCCUUAUUUUACUGUAUAUCAUACAUCUAUAUUAAUGAGUCUAAGCUGCAGUUAAUCAUAGCAGUUGGGUAAUAUUCCAAAAGUUACAUAACAUGAAAUAAAUAAGAUCAUAAAAAGUUAAAGGCAUUUUGCUUCAGUAAACUGGAACAGAAACUAGUAUAGUCAUAGAGCUUCGUAGCCCGGCACCUGCGUAUUGUUUCACCACAAUUUGUAUUAUUUGUUGUUUCUUUCUGUUUUGCUCAGCUCCUUUUAGCUAAUCUUUUUUUUUUUUUCAUAUUUUCUUGAACCCUUUUAUACAGUAUAAAUGUAUAUAAAAAAAACAUAGUACUAGUGUUCCGUCUUUGUUAGAUUAAAUAUGUAAUCUCCCACAAUUAGUUUUUUUUGUUAAUUCAUUUUUUUAUUAUGUAAAAUGUGAAUGCUGUAGAAGGCCCUCAAUUGCCUGCCAUCUCACGGCUUAAUUAAGUAGAAAAUAUUCUUCUUGACAGUUUAGGGUCAUGCUGGAGGCCUCUACGGGUAUGUUCGUUAGGUUGAACACUGAAAACAAAUCGAAGCACUGUCGACAGAGGUUGUAUUUCUUCAUAAACACCCUAAAGAGCUUUGAAUCAGUCCCAUGCCAAUGCCAUGCAAACAGUAUGUGGAUGAAGCUGGGACUGCCUUUUGAAAGCACGACGCAGCAAAAUGCUUUUUUAUUUGUAUUAUUGAUUAAUCUAAAUGUGUUCAUUGUAGUCAUGAAGUCAUACAGGAUUUAUUUGUCAGCUGUACCCAAAUGUGGUCGAAACACUAACCUUUGAAAGCUGUAUAAGGAAAGACUUUACCUUUAAGUGAGAACCAUUGUAUUAAAACAACAAAAAAAAAAAAACUAAAACAAUGCUGGCACAGUGCCCAUUCUCAAGAGGAAAAUUCCUCUGCUGGCAAGUGUGUUGGCUAGUUAGAUCCUGUGGUUACAGAAUUUUUAAAUUGCAAAGUUACAAUGAGAUAAUGAAUUGCAUCAAAUUUACAAAUACACCAUAUUCUAAAUAAUGCAUGAUCAGUGUUGGAUGGUUCAUUCACAAAUUUAUUAGGUAGUGUAUUAUAAAUACGUUAAAAUAUUUGGGGGUUUGGACAACAUCUUAAGUAGUAUACCUUACAAGUAUUUAAAUAAAAACUUUGAUAUGACAUAGUACUGUAAAUUAUCCAGUACAGAAGAUUACUGAUUGCCAUUGGAGAUUAAAUAACUUUUUAAUAUAAAACAAUGUGAUAGUUCUGUAAACCCGUCAGUACUGUUAAAUGCCACGAUAUCUUGAGAAAUAUUAUUCUUUGUUUCUGUGUUCCUCUAGCCUCAGAAUGACAUUGCAGUGCUUAAUUCCAUUGGGGUUAGUGGCUUGGUGGUAUGUUUUUUGCUGUGCAUUGUUACAGUAUGUGCAAAUUAUUUAUAAUGCCACAAAAGUAAUGGAUAGUUUUUCAUCUUUCACUUGAUUUAUUUAAUGCUCGUACAAUAAUAAUGUCCACCACUGUGGUAAGUUUUUAUAGCAUGCCCAAUCUUUUCUACAAGCUAAUUUACAGAGUUUGGCUCCGUUUCUACUUUGCAUUUCUGAUGUUUGCAUUUUGAUUGACCUCCAGACGUCUGCCAGCAGUUAAACAGCACAAGCAGAUGCCUAAUAGAAAAAUGACCUGUCCACAUGGAGAAAAACCUAUUACCACCACAGCCAGCAGAAUUGCUGGACUUCAGCAGAGCAAAUUGCAUGGGAAACAUCAUAAGUGGAAAUGUUUCAAAAAAGAGGGUGAAAAAAAAAAACCUUCACAAGUGCUUUUCAAUUUAUAACAGAUGUGUUUCUGUCAGCUUCGCAGCUUGAUAUCUGACUAACAACAUGUGUAUUCUUUCUCUCCAGUGAAGAUCAAAUGGCAACAGAACACGAUGCUGCAUUCUCCUCUUAUAAUUGUAUACCUUUUGUUGAAUUGCUGUGCAGUACUGCUGCAAAAGAUUGCUGAGUGCUUAUAAUUGCGUUGAUUUUAUUAUUUUUUUGAAAAGGUAUUAGGAGCAUUACUGUAAAAGUUGAAUAUGUGCAGCUUCCUACUAGUAUUGUGAAAUAAAAUAGUAUUGUGCCAACAGAGAUUCAUCCUCGAUAGCCAUUUGUAUUACUUCAUUCACAAUCAUUUCAUUUUACUUUUUGACUUUCUGUUGUGACUGUAUAAUUAGUCAUUGGUGGAAUUGCUAAAUACAUUUCUUUGUUCAACAUAUCAUUUAGCUGCAGAUGUGCAUGAGAAAAAUAUUAAUGCGAUUAAUAUUUCUUUACAGGGUUUUGUAUUCAAAUGCCUUCACAUUGCACAGGGACUUGUAUA